UCAGAGGCCCGGCAGUGCGCAGGCUCUGUGUGAGCUGGGCUGGCUGCCUAUUGAUUGGAAAACAACGGGCUGUGGGAGGACAGAUAAGGGUGGCUGCGGGCUAACGGGUGAGGGAAGGGAUACAGACCAAAAGCUCGGACCACAUUGCCAUCUUCACCUCCCUGAUUGUUUCACCCUCUCUCUUUCACCCUGGAAUGACUGCUGCUGCUCAUCGGUGGAUUUUGCAGCGGAGGGAGGCUUAGGCACAGAUUCUCCUCGUCUGAGCAGAUCCUGCCUGCACACUGAGCCACAACAACAUCCACUGCAGGGCUCAGAGACUAACAAACGGGGGACACCAUGGAGGCCCCUCUUGUGUGUUUGGAUGAGGAGUUCGAUGACCUCCGGCCUUGCCGUAUGGACGAUCUGGACCACCCGACGCUCACCCACUCCUCUUACUCCACCACCACCACCAUCCCCCUGGCCUCCAUCACCCGCGAGGACUUCUCUGAACUGGAGAACUUCUCCGAGAUGAUGAGCUUCAAGUCUAUGGAGGAUCUGGUCAACGAGUUUGACGAGAAGCUCAAUGUCUGCUUCCACAACUACAACACCAAGACGGAGGGCCUAGCGCCCAUACGCAACCAGUCGCACAACCAGGAGGAUGAGGAGAGGCUGCAGGACGAAGAUGUGUGGGACGCUCUAACUGACAACUACAUCUCCACCUGGGACGGUUCCGACUCAGAGGGACUCAACGGCAAUCUUUGUGACCAGGAGAUCCACGAAAAAGAGGAGGAGGAAAUGAAUGAGAAGAAUGACAACGCCAACUGCCUGAAUGAAGAGCCUCUCAUCACAGCUGAUCAGGUCAUUGAGGAGAUAGUCGAGAUGAUGGAGAACUCUCCGGAUCCUGGCGAAACUGAGGAAGAGGAUGAAGAGGAGAGCAGCCACUGCUCCUCCAGGACCAACCCCUCUCUGCUGGAGGAGAUCAGGCAGCUGUCACAGGCCUCCAACAACAACUGCUCCUAUGAAGGCCUGAGCCUGAUGCCCAGCUCAGCUCUUGUCGAGCUGCUGCAACGGGUGGAGGCCGCCAUCCGCGAGUACUCAGAGGAGCUGGUCAGCCAGCUGGCUCGGCGUGAAGAGCUGGAGUUUGAGAAAGAGGUGAAGAACACAUUCAUCACGGCCCUGAUGGAGGUGCAGAACAGGCAGAAGGAGCAGCGAGACAGCAGCAAACGUCGGCGCCGGGACAAGGCCCUGAGCCUGCAGGGGGGCGGGGUGGCAUCUGUGAACGGAGGGAAUACUGUCUCCGUGGGUCCCACGGAGAAGACAGGGAGCAUGCCUGUCAAGCGUUUCAGCAUGGAGGGGCUGUCUAACAUCCUGCAGACGGGCAUCAGACAGACAUUUGGAAGCACAGGGAAUGAUAAACAGUAUCUAAACACAGUUAUUCCAUAUGAGAAGAAAGCCACCCCUCCAUCUGUGGAAGAUCUGCAGAUGCUCACAAAAAUUCUUUAUGCCAUGAAGGAAGACAGUGAGAAGGUGCCUUCACUGCUAACUGACUACAUAUUGAAAGUCUUGUGUCCUACCUAAAGCAUCGCCAGGCUAGGGGCCGCUGUGUGACGGAGAAUUCUUCCAACCCUCCUUACCUCUGGCCCAAGCUGCAUGACCUCCCUCUUUUACCAUUAUCAACCAUGGAUCCUCACCAUCGACAUUAUUGUACUCACCUCAACUAUGACUACUGCCUUUCGCUGAGCUCACCUUCUCCCAUCCUGCACAUUAAGCUCAGGCCAGACCCAAAAUGGCCGCCAUCAGAAUAGUUAAACAAGUGGGACGGCCAACCCCACUUUUAAAGGGACUUCACUAAUGGAGCAUGACAUGCUAAAUACCACAACACCACUUUGGUACAGGGAUACAACGUUAUCAUUGCUUUCUUUUCCUUAAUGUCUUCUACAUUUUUUUUUAGUUUUUUUUUUAAACUUUUCUUUGUUUCCUGUAACAGAAUUUCAAUGUUGCCAAGUUUUGACUCUUAUUUAUAAACUGACCUCUUAACCACUGAGUUCUGAUAGUUUUAGUCAUUGAUUCAUAAGGACUACACUGUAAAAUAAAUGAAACGCCAUAUUGCAUCCACAAGUGAUUGUUUCCCUGUAUUGUUUCAGAUGAAAACAGUUGUUCAUUUGAAUACAAAAGCCAUGCACCUUUUUCUGCCAACUUAGUACUGUAGCUCCAUGUGAAUGACAAGAAACACACGACUAUUACGGGUGCAGUGCAGUGCAUUACAAAGCUUUCUUUUUCUUUUUACUUCACUAUCUGAAUAUCCAGUGCUCUUCUGACUUUUCUGAAAUCUCUUUUAAUUUGUAUCUGAAUAUUUGAUAUAAACUCUGUUGCAGAUUUUCUACUUUUAUUUACUGUGUCAUCAUAGCGACAGGCUUCUGUGCAUUCCACCCGAUUCAGGUGUAUCACUGAGUUUUCCGUGGAUAAAACAUCCCCUGAUGAGAUGAGCUCAUUUCCAUAAAGGCGUGCAUAUUAGCAUAUUUAUGACUUCCUUUGCGCCAUGUAGGUGAAUGUUACAUCGCUAAUCGCAAAUUCUAAUAAACAUUGUACC